AUGGGGCAUAACUCUGAAAUGGUCAAGCCCCCAUACAGCUACAUUGCUCUGAUUGCCAUGGCGAUCAUGAACCAACCUAAUAGGAGAAUCACGUUGAACGGAAUCUACCAAUACAUCAUGGAUAAAUAUCCAUACUACAGGGAGAACAAACAAGGUUGGCAAAACUCCAUAAGACAUAAUCUGUCGUUGAAUGAGUGCUUCGUUAAAGUUCCGCGAGAUGAUAAAAGGCCUGGGAAAGGUAGCUACUGGACUUUAGACCCGGACAGCUACAACAUGUUUGAUAACGGAAGUUACCUGAGAAGGAGGAGGCGUUUCAAGAAAAAAGAU